UUCCCAUUGAUGAAAUAGUUCAAGGCAGAGAAGGACAGAGAUUAAAUAACGUUAUCAGUGUUUAUUACCGCCAUAUCAAUCGACAUAACUUGACUACAUUGUGUGCCGGAGGGAUUGUUUAUUAUUAUCGUCUUAUGGGCAUAUCAUUUAGAAAUAUAAGACUAGUAAAUAAUGAAAAGUGUAGCAGUGAUUGGAGCAGGUUGUUGUGGGUUAACAGCUAUCAAAUGCUGUCUUGACGAGGGACUUGAACCUGUAUGUUUUGAGAGGGGUAAUUAUAUAAGUGGAUUAUGGCAUUACACAGAAGAUGUGGAGGAAGGUCAGGCAUGUGUGAUGAAAUCUACAGUGAUUAAUACAUCAAAGGAGAUGAUGUGUUACAGUGAUUUUCCUAUCCCUGCAGAUUUUCCGAUCUACAUGCAUAAUCAGCAAGUCGAUAGAUAUUUCCAUAUGUACGCGGACAAGUUCGGACUGAGAAAGUACAUAAACUUCAAUACAGAGGUGCUGUCUGUAAAACCAACUAAAACUUUCAACAGCGAUGGGCAAUGGGAAAUCGCCAUAAACACAUCUGAUAAAGAGGAGACCCGUGUAUUCGACGCUGUUCUAAUCUGUACUGGACAUCAUGCAGAAAAGAAUCUACCAAAUUUUCCGGGACUAAACAAGUUCAAGGGCAAUGUCAAGCAUACGCAUGACUAUAAAGAUUAUCAUGGUUACGAAGACAAAAACGUUCUGAUUAUUGGUAUUGGAAAUUCUGGCGGCGACGUUGCAACAGAACUAAGCCGAAUAACGUCACAGGUUUAUUUAAGUACAAGGUCAGGUUCUUGGAUUCUCAAUCGUGUAGCUGAGAAAGGGCUUCCUUGGGAUAUGGUACAAUCAACUCGCUUUAACACAAAGCUUUUGACGACUUUUCCAAAUAUGAUUACAUCGCGCACAGAAAAGAAACUUGACAAGAAAAUCGAUCAUGAAAAAUAUUGCCUUAAACCCAAACAUCAUCUGUUCUCUGCACACCCAACCUUGAAUGAUGAAUUACCAAAUAGAAUCAUUUCUGGAGGUGUUAUUGUAAAAGCCAAUGUUGCAGAGUUCACAGAAACAGGGGCGAUCUUUGAGGACGGCACAACGAUUGAUAAUUUGGAUGCUGUAAUUCUAGCAACGGGCUACAGUUUUGGAUUUCCAUUCAUUGAUAAAAGUGUGAUAGAGGUGAAAGCCAACAAAGUCGAUCUAUACAAGUACAUGUUUCCACCCGACUUGCAAAAACAUACGAUGGCAAUUAUCGGUUGUUUCCAGCCGCUCGGUGCAAUUAUGCCCCUGAGCGAAAUGCAAUGUCGCCUUGCUACAAGGGUGUUUAAGGGAUUAAAGACGUUGCCAGAAAGUAGCAAGAUGUGGAAAGACAUUAAAAGCAAGCACGCUGCCAUGAGUAUGAGAUACAAACAGUCUUUGAGACACACAAUACAAGUGGACUACGUUCCUUACAUGGAUGAACUUGCUGAAAUGGUUGGCUGUAAGCCUAAGAUAGGAAAACUUGUUUUAACUGAUCCAAAACUUGCGAUGGAAAUUUUCUUUGGACCUUGCACCCCUUGUCAAUAUCGAUUAAUGGGACCGGGGCCUUGGAAAGGUGCACGGAAUGCCAUCAUGACACAAUGGGAGCGUGUAUACAAACCACUUCAGACAAGACCUUGUGCUAAAACUGAACGCAAAAGUUCAGGGGCAAUUUAUAUGUUGAUCGUCGCUGUAAUAGCUGUUCUGUUAUAUUUUAUUCUGUAAACAUUCAAGACUUUUUAAUAUCAUCAUAUAAGAAGUUGUAUAGAUUAAGAGAAACUAUUAUGGGACCAUCGAUCACUAUUCCACUAUUCAUUUAAAGGAUUUUUUUUCUCAAUUUUUCUUUCAUUUUUUUUUCAUUAAUCAUUGAACGAUUACUGAAUUUUUGUUAAUAAGUUGCCCGCUUUUUUUCUCAGACACUAUAUAUCUGUAAUGCUCAGACAGGCUCUAAAAGAUCUGAUCCCCUCUUACAUCUCAUUUUUUUAAUUAAAUUUAAUUAAUCUGGCUAUAGAGCUUUUUGUUUAUUUAUGAAAUAAAGACCGGAAUUAUCCCUCAAAGAUUAGCAUCGUUUACCCGGCGACUAAACAAAAUAUUGUUGUUUAUUUUAAAAAGAAAACAUAUAUUUAAUAUGCAAAGCUAAAUUAACAGAGGGUUUAUGCAUUUUUUGUCAUACAUAAAUGUCUGCAGAGGCAUGAAGAUGCAUUUAAAGCCGAAGCCCGUUGAGUUAUGCAGAUGUAAUAAAUUAUGCAUAUGCGUGCUUUUUAAGAAUGAUUUUUAUUAAAAUGACACGGAUAUAAGCAUCUUUAGGUUUAUAUUGGUAUAUGUGUCAAAUAUUAUUCACAUAUGAAAUCACCGCGAUAUCACAUCACCGUGUAAAUGCAUUGCUAAAGCUUACAGAAAGGAACCAGGGACAUUUAAUUCUGCUUUGAAUUAUAUUGUAUAUUUAUAUCAAUUUAUUUAUUCCAGACUCAUCGGUAUAUAUCAAUGCAUAAAAUACAAGUAUAUAGCAUUUUUAUAACAAUUUUUAAGAGACCGAAGGUAUAAGAUGCCUAUUUCUGAAGAGUAGUCAUUUCCAGCGAUGAUACUAAUAUAAGGUUAUACCGGGCAUGUGUUCAAUAGAGGCCUUUUUUUCAUUUUUGUCAACUUUGUUAUUCUUUUUUUGUCUUGUAAGAUAUUGGUUUCCAGUUUUAAACUUUAAUUGUAUAUAUUUUCAUAUCGAGAUUGUAAACCUCCGUUUUUUGGCAAAAAAUGUUCAGAAUUGUAUCUAGGAAGAUAUGACGAUGCGCUAAUUAUAGUUGGAUAGUAUGACUGGUCUUUAUGUUUUAUCAAAUCUGACUGAUAUAUGUUUCAAUAAACCUCAUUUGUUUCAGAUA